GAGUGAGAGUGGUUUUGGGGGGGUGACAGUUUGUUCCUGUCCCCGGCUGUGCUGUGUCAGGCUCAUCCCUGGCUCGGCACAACGUUGAGGAAAGGAAAUGGAUGGCAGUGGUUCAAGACCAGGAGCAGUCAAUGGCUUCACAAUGAAAUCACAGCUUCAGGUUAUAGUUAUAUCCGCUAAGUUAAAGGACAACAGGAAAAACUGGUUUGGUCCAAGUCCGUAUGUGGAGCUGUCGGUGGAUGGACAAUCAAAGAAAACUGAAACAAAAAAUAAAACUCACAGCCCCAAAUGGAAACAGCCGCUCACUGUCAUUGUUACCCCAUUUAGUGUGUUAAAUUUCCGCGUUUGGAGCCACCAGACGUUGAAAUCCGAUGCUCUGAUUGGAAGCGCGUCGCUCAACUUGCAUGAAACGCUACUGUCGAACAAUAUGAAGUUGGAAGAAGUCAUUGUGACCAUGCAGCUCUUAAGUGACAGGGAGACGGUGGGCGACCUGUCUGUGUGCUUGGAUGGGAUGCAGGUGGACCCGGAGCUCUUAGCCAAUGGAGAUCCAGCUGUCUCAUCAGGUUCAACAGAUAAUUCCUCGACUGAAGUUGAAUCACAGGCUGCGAGUGCUGAAAGCUCAAAUGGAACUAAUUCCACUGACAGCAGAACAACCAAUGGCAUGAGCUCUCCUUCCUUAGCCAAUGGAGGGUUUAAAGCCAGCAGACCACCUAGACCAUCACGGCCUCCUCCCCCCACACCUCGCAGGGCGUCUGGUGUAGUUACUGCCAUCAGUGAAGCUCCCCCACCACCAGAGGCUGAAUUGUUGCCCACCCCUGCUACUGCUUCCUUACCUGAAGCCCAAGCUCCAUCCAGUACGCCUCCUGUUUCUAGGCAAAUAGCUCCCAUUAAUGUUGAUGGACAGAGAAUGGGACUAGUUAACCAAGGACCUCUGCCACCUGGAUGGGAACAGCGGGUGGAUCAGCAAGGACGCGUUUAUUAUGUGGAUCACGUGGCAAAAAGAACUACAUGGGACAGGCCAGAACCCCUGCCACCUGGGUGGGAACGUCGAGUGGAUAACAUGGGUCGGAUCUAUUAUGUGGACCAUAUAACCCGGACCACUACAUGGCAGCGCCCCACUCUUGAGUCUGUGCGGAAUUAUGAGCAGUGGCAGCUCCAGCGGAACCAGCUACAAGGCGCCAUGCAGCAGUUCAACCAAAGGUUUAUUUAUGGGACCCAGGAAACUGGAACAACCCAGAACAAGGAGUAUGACCCAUUAGGACCAUUACCAGUUGGAUGGGAAAAGCGUAUGGAUGGAAAUGGGCGAGUGUAUUUUGUUAAUCACACCACACGGACCACCCAGUGGGAGGACCCAAGAAAUCAGGGACAGUUGAACGAGAAGCCAUUGCCAGAGGGUUGGGAGAUGAGGUUUACGGUAGAUGGCAUCCCAUAUUUUGUGGAUCACAACAGGAAAACCACCACUUACAUCGACCCUCGGACUGGCAAAUCAGCUCUGGACAAUGGACCUCAUAUCGCUUAUGUGCGGGAUUUUAAGGCUAAGGUCCAAUACUUCAGAUUCUGGUGCCAGCAACUUUACAUGCCUCAGCAUGUCAAGAUCACUGUGAACAGGAAAACACUUUUUGAAGACUCAUUUCAGCAGAUUAUGAGUUUCAACGCACAAGAUCUCAGGAGAAGACUGUGGAUUAUCAUCCCUGGGGAAGAGGGCUUGGAUUACGGAGGAGUGGCAAGAGAGUGGUUCUUCCUCCUCUCUCACGAAGUAAUGAAUCCCAUGUACUGCCUAUUUGAAUACGCCGGGAAGGAUAACUACUGUCUGCAAAUCAACCCUGCUUCCUACAUCAACCCAGACCACCUGCGCUACUUCCGUUUCAUCGGCAGGUUCAUAGCCAUGGCCCUGUUUCAUGGCAAAUUUAUAGACACGGGUUUUUCUUUGCCUUUUUACAAACGAAUCUUAAAUAAACCGGUGGGUCUUAAAGAUCUGGAAUCCGUGGAUCCUGAAUUCUACAAUUCACUCAUUUGGAUAAAGGACAACAACAUUGAGGAGUGUGGCCUAGAGAUGUUUUUCUCCGUGGACAAAGAAAUUUUGGGGGAGGUCAAAAGCCACGAUCUGAAACCAGACGGCAGUAACAUCCAAGUGACGGAAGAGAACAAGGAAGAGUAUAUCCGGCUGGUUGCAGAGUGGAGACUCUCCCGGGGAGUAGAGGAACAGACACAGGCUUUCUUUGAGGGUUUCAAUGAGAUUCUCCCACAACAAUACUUGCAAUACUUUGAUGCCAAGGAGUUAGAGGUGCUCCUGUGUGGGAUGCAGGAAAUUGAUCUGAAUGAUUGGCAACGUAACACCAUCUACCGGCACUAUACCAGGACCAGCAAGCAAAUCAUUUGGUUCUGGCAGUUUGUUAAAGAAAUUGAUAAUGAGAAGCGAAUGAGACUUCUACAGUUUGUGACUGGCACCUGCAGGUUACCUGUAGGGGGAUUCGCUGAUCUCAUGGGAAGCAACGGGCCUCAGAAAUUCUGUAUUGAGAAGGUUGGUAAAGAAAACUGGCUUCCCAGGAGUCAUACAUGCUUUAACCGUCUGGAUCUUCCACCCUACAAAAGCUACGAGCAGCUGAAGGAGAAACUACUGUUCGCUAUAGAGGAGACAGAAGGUUUUGGGCAGGAGUAAAUGGCCCGCGGCCCUUCUCUAUGGCAGGAGAAAAGUGCAUCCGCAGCACCAUGCAAGCACGGGCACUUCCCACCACCCUGAGCAUGGAGAACCCCCCUAUUAACUUCCUUUGGCCCCACAUCCUGCAAGGACUCGCAAAUGACUCUGUCGGUGAACUCUACCAGUGAUAUUUGUUGGUUAGCCAGAAGUCUGCAGGGGUUAACCCUGCUCCUCCCUAGAUAUCUGCCAAGCAGACACAGUGUGUUAAAAAAGUUAAAUGGCUGCCUGAACCUUAAUUCUCUCUUCUUCCAGUGAAAGCAUCUGUUAGUGUCCCAGCAUUGUCCUGGUUCUUGUCGUAUUAGGCAUUGAGGGGACUGGAGUGGGAAAAGCUGCAUUCACUAAGCAGUGUUAUUUAAGAGGACACAAUCCAUUGAGCUGUAUAUAGCCAUAUUUAUUACGUACUGCAGGAUAGUGUCCUCUGAAAUAAUACGUGUCAGUGAGUAGAGUUCAUUGCCCAAACUCCUGAAGGAAAAGAUUCAUCAGGAAGAACCCCAGUUUGGAAGCCCCAGUACCUUUAGCUCUGUUUGUGCUUGCAGUGUUUUUUGGUUUUUUUUUUCAAUCUGAUAAUACCAUUCAUGUAGAACUGUAGUUUAGCAGCAGCUUGCAGGCCACUGUUUGGAUUUCAGGCAACCUCCCAUUUUUCACUUUAGGUGGUGUCCCUAGGGUGUGAACUUCAUAUUUUAGUGGGAGGUUUUUGUUUGUUUCUCUGCAACAUUAUAGUGUACAGGACUAAAACCAGUCUGUAACCAAUGAGAAACGACUUACAUUGUGCAUGUCAACUGUCCAUCCAGUAGGAGCAACUCUUUUUUGCCCUCUUGUUGAGUCCUAGCUAAAUGACUAUGACUUCCUUCCUUCCUUCAUUUUUUAAAAAAAAUUACAAAUAAGCUUUAUAAGCACAGCAUUGCUGAAUUAAGUCCUGUUGGUUCCCUACUUGUGACAGGUGGCGGGCCCUGUAGAGCAUGAAAAUAGGGCUUGGCUGCAGCUCAGAAUGGGGUUCCUAUGACUUUAGGAGCAUUUUAUUCUUCCAGCUUAAGGUCCCCCCCCCAAUGGAUUUUAUAUGUAGGCUCUGCCUAUGUGGGACCACCUCACAAUGGCAAAUGAAUGCUCUUCAGACGCCAGAGCUCCAUAUUGAAAGGCACAACUCCCAUUUUUUACCCUUGUCAGUGUCAUGUGGGUUGUUAAAAAAUAAAAAUGCUGCAUUUUCUACCCACUACACAUUUAGAACUGCGAAACCUCAUCAGAGCGGGUCAUGUCAAAUGGCCUCAUUGCAUUGCGGUGCUGUGACUGUAGGCAAAGGUAAAGCACAUUUCAGCCAGUCGUAUCCCCUCCAUAAACCCUGCCAUAUUUGACAUACGAAGCUGCCUGUUGUGCAACUCCCUGUAUCCCCCUCCUUGUUGUACCAAGCUGAUCGCAGAGAUUGCAUCUAACAGAUUUUUACAGAGCUAUAGAAAAACUAAAUUAUUAGAAGCAACAGACUAUUGUGUAGAUUUUUGUGUCAUUCUAGAAUCGUGUGAUACUUCCGUUCUUUUCCCCCCUUCUACUUAGUUUAUCCCCCGUAGGACCGGGUGACACUUUACACCGAGGUGGAUGGGGGUUAAAUAUGGAAGGGAAAAAAAACAAAAAAAAAAACACCUGUAAAUGAUUUAAAAAGGCUCUCUGCCCUCUUAUUUUUUAACAAUAAGUAAAAGCUAUAAUUAAUGUGGAUAUCUCCCUAGUUCUAUAGGGCAGACUCCUACAAUAUUUUUAUGAUUGACUUAGGAAGACGUUCUAAUUGCUUGUGUAUAUAGUAUAAAUAUAUAUAUAAAUAUAUAUUUUUUGUUUUUUCCAAAGGGGGCAGGGUUUUGUUUCUUUCUCUCCUGGAUUUUUUUGUUUAACCGUGUUGUUGCCAGAGCAUCUCUCGCAGCCAAGCGGUUACCUGCACACUGUCAACAAAAAAAUCAAAAUCUUUCUUCUCUCUCCGUCCCUUUCCCAUUUUGUUUCACAUCUUACAUUAAUUCUGCAUUUAACUGUUGAAAAAAGAGAACCUUGACAAAAUAAAUGUAUAAAAAUAAACUGAAUUUGCUGACUUCCCUA